AUAAUUUUUAAUUUUAUAAACUGGCUUUGUAGCUGACAUUUAGUAAAAUAUUAUUAUACAUGACAUUUAGUUUUCAUUAUCAACUUUUUACUUUGUAACAACUAUAAGUGUUUUAUUUUUGCCUAUUUAAUUAUAUUCUCGUUGCGUUUUAUAAGAUGCCGUGGGGCUGGGAAUGUAGAGCAAAACUUGUAAAACAAUUGCCGGCGAAACCAACGGAGCGACGGCGUACGGCAGGAGGCAGGCCGAAGGCACCAGGACCUAAUAAAUAUGAGCUGCCGCAAAUAUUUUGUGGAAAGGGUUUCUGCAAAAUAAAGCGCGCCCCGGCAUACACUUUCGGUCAUUUAACGAAGGUGGAAUUCAGCAAGCCGGUCACCAUCGCCUCUGCGCCCAUGUUCAACGUGCAGGGGCUCGGAAGAUGCGGACCAUAUAAAAUCACCCACAGCGUGGUGACACCAACAAUAGAGCCGCCACGGGACAAGCUCAAGGUCCCAGGGCCUGGGACUUACAUCCCACAUUUCGGCGCCAAGUACAAACGUCCACCUGCAUACAGCCUGCGGCCCGCGGCUCGGCCUCCCUACCAGCCAUGGGAUCAGUGGACUCCGCCACCAAACAUGUACUGUCCGCCAAUAUCGUGCAAAAAACCACCGGCGUACACACUGGGCUAUAUGGCUAGAAGUUUAAAAGAGCAGGAUUUCCCCGCACCUGGGGAGCACGAGCCAAACUUUAAUUAUGUAAAGAGGAACAAGCCCGCAUACUCGUUCGGAGCACCGUACCAGACUGCCAAACCACCGAAGACGCCCGCGCCGAACGCCUAUUGCGAGAAAAAGUUCAUGGUGUCAAAGCGGACGAUCCCAGCGCCGUCCUUUGGCAUCCGUCACUCUCCACACUUGGGCAAGCCAGAAGUGUUCUUGAAGUCAUCGAAAUUGGAUGUCCUGGCCGUCAGUUAGUGGUUUAACCAAUUAUUUAGACGUCUAUUGUUUAAUGUCGCCAGAUAUUUCAUCUCUCAGAUAUUGUUUGCGUACACGUAAACGAGUAAAAGUGGUUCUCAUGGAUAACUGGGUCUUAUUGGGAUUUUAAAUAAAAUUUCCAUAUAAGUA